UUGCGUCCUGUUGUCAAGUGGUAAAGACUAUUGACACUUACCCUCGCUGCAAGCCAUUCUUGCCGUUAACUGCCGAGGCCCCUCAAAGCACCCCUAUGCAUAAACAGCAGUGACAGCAGCACCAUCGAUUCUGUACUUCGGCCUGCUUUACCAUUCCUUGACAUGAGACACUGACUUUGUUAACAAAUUCGUCGUCCGUCAACAGCGUCGCAGCAUGCCUCGUGUGCAAUACAAACGAGAUCCGUACCGCUUCAAUGCCGGCUCUCUUGGCCACCUCGAAGGUCUAACGGUCUCAUUUCGUUCGAACAGCUCUCGUAAUACGCCAUUGCUUCGAUAUUUUGGUGGAGUACCAUAUGCAUUACCACCUAUAGGACCAUACCGGUUCCGAAGACCUCGGCCCUUGCCGGAUUACUACCGGUAUGGUACCAAGGCAAACCCUGGCCGCUUUACUCGUUCUACUGGCAUCUGCCCGCAGCCUUCAUGGCAAGGUAUGAAUGGCGAGGAAGUCUGGGACGAGGACUGCUUGCAACUCAAUAUCUACAUCCCUUGUGGCAGCCCGCCUUCGACACAAGGGUGGCCCGUAUUCUUUUACAUACAUGGUGGGUUCCUGCAAUGGGGAGACCCUAACAUGUCGCCCGAAUCUGUCGCACCUCUUCUCAGCGAGACCGCCUUCCACGCAAUCAUUGUCCAGCCAGCAUACCGUCUUAAUGCCUUCGGCUUCCUUGCCAGUAAAGAACUGCAAGCCGAAGCCGAGCGCGUUGGCGUGGCUGGCGCGGGCAACAUGGGGUUCUGGGACCAGCGUCUCGCACUGGAGUGGACAGCAGCGAACAUCAGCCACUUCGGUGGCGACGCGCACAACAUUACUGUUGGCGGCUACUCGGCUGGUUCGCACAGCGCAUUUCAGCAGCUCGCACACGAACUUUACUUUGUCCCGGACGAAAAGGCGGUCAUCCGGCGAGUGAUAAUGUGGUCCAAUAGUCCUGGAGUACAGCCGAAGUCGCUUGCGGAGCAUCAGCUGCAAUUCGAGGAGUAUCUCACCGCGCUUUCGAUCCCGCUCAGCCUGUCUGCUGAAGAGAAGCUCAAGCGCUUACGAGACCUGCCACUCAAGCAACUGAUCGACGCACAGGCGAACAUGCAUCUCCAUCAAUUUCGCGCAACCACCGAUAAUGCUUUCAUCUCGAAGGCACUGAUGGCGAACAUCAACUCCGGCGACUUCGCUCGGCGGAUGAAGAAACGUGGAAUCAGACUCAUGAACGGCGAGUGCCGCGACGAACAUAGCCUUUACCGCAUCUGGCGGACACCAACGCAAGCGACGUUUGAAGGAGUUUACUCUCGUCUCUGCGCUGACUAUCCGGAAUACGCCGUCAAAAAGCUCAUGGAGUACUAUUGUGGUGCUGAUCACGCCUUGCCAGCGGGUAUGGAGGACUGGGUAGAUGCUUUUGGGAAACUUUACGCCAAUAUGCAAGUGCACUGCCUCGAGCGCGGAUUUCAAAAUGCGUUGGUCAAUGGAGGCUUGGAGCCUGGGAAGGAUUUACUGCGGUAUCGGUUCGAGUGGAGAGCACAAUGCGUCACUCUACCGCUUGAUUGGGGCGUCACUCAUAGCUCCGAUAUGGCCAUCUGGUUCUGGGGAGAGGGCAAGGGCGAAGGCAUUACCGAACAGGAGAAGCUGAUUCUGGAGUCUUGGAACGGAGCCUUUGCUGCCUUUGUCCGAGGUGAUGAGGUCAACUGGCCCACGAGUCAAGCUACGGAGGUUAUGAGGCUUAGGGAAGAUGGUAAGACAGAUGUUUGGACGGACGCCCAGUGGGGUGAGGGUGUAAAGCUGUGGAAACUGCUCAACGAUGAGGCUGGCACCGGCAUGCUAGGCUGGCUGCGAUCUAAGCUGUAAGACUACCGGAUGGCUGCAGCUCGCUUGUGACUGCGCCAUGCGUGUGUCUGCGACUUUCCGAGAUAUCGUCAAUACGCCGCGAACGCCAGUGCUGUAAAUACAAAGCCUGGAUUCGCCACAUGGAUGCAGGUCUGACGGUGGCUUUGAAGGGGAAGCAAGCAACA